AAAGAAUCCAACACAGACUCUGAGUGCAUCCACGCAAUCACGACACACAACACGCCGACUGCCUCAAGUCACGUGCCGCCCUCAGACUGCCCCUCCCCCGCCUCUUGCUGCUUCUUGCGCUGCAGAUACCGCUCACGCGCAGACAAGACAGCUGUCUUUCUCUCCGCCUCUUGCCUCGCCUUCUCCUCCGCUGACAGCUCCGGCGGGGCAGCGGGCACAUCCUUCUUGGGCUUCUUCGGUGCCGGCUGAGCCGCCGCCGGCUCCUCCUGUUCAGUGGAGGGGAGAGGCUGGCCUGCAGCUGUGGGCGGCGCUUCAGCCUCAUGCUCGUCUCCAUCUCGUGGCCGCUUGUCGGGCCUCGGUGAUGAUGGCUUGUCCUCAGGCAUAUUUCCCACGGCAGCAGCUGAUGAAGCACCCUCCUCUCUCUCUACCGGCGCUGCUGGUGGUGUAUCGUCUGUGGCGGGCUUGGCUGGGGGUGGCUGGACAUGCCUCGAGGCGAGGUUGUGUUUGAGAAGGUGAGAGUGGAAGUCGGUGAGGUUCUCCUUCUUGGUGACCUCGUUGUGGGUGUCGCGGGCGUCCUGCAUGGCCAGCUCCCUCUCCAGCUGCCGCCGCUCCUCGAGCUUCUUCUUGUACGCUGACGUGAUGAACUUGUCCUUGUCGGCGUACAGCUCCGCGUCCCUCUCCUGCUCCCGCUUCAAGUUCCUCUCCUCGAUGAUCUCCUGCUCCAUCUGCCGCCGCUGACUGACGCGCUGAAGCGACUCGAUGUAACGGGACUUGGGCUUGGCCUUCUUCUUGCCAGCGGCCUCCUCAGCUGCCCGCUCCUCCUGCUGCUGUCGCUUUAGCUGCUUGUCGGCCUCCGCCCUCUGCUGGCUGCUGAUGUUGUCGUAGAUGUCGUCAUAGCUGAAGAUGGUGGGGUCCACCUCGAGCAUCUUCUGGUGCUCCUCCUCAUGCCGCUUCUGCCGACCGGCCUGCGUCUGCACCAUGCGCCGGAACUGCCCGCGCCUGCCCUGCUCAUCGUCCGCUGCCUCGUCCUCCAUCGACUGGGCGAAGAGCGCUGACACGCCGGCCGCUGACUGCUGUUGUCUGCUGCUGGGGAGAGGGGGCUGGUUGGCCUUCUUAGCGGGCAGGUUGAGGCCGAACUUGAGCUUACUCGCCGACAUGCGUGUUGAUUGAUAGAGAGAACGAUGAGCUCCUCGCUGUGGACGUUGUUCCACAAGGCGCCAAGAAAAG